AAGCAAUUGAAACGUAAAAUGAAGGAAAUGACUGAGAUGAAUAUUGGGCUGAAUAAAGAUUAUUUUCAUGCAAAAAAGAAAAUCCGUACACUGACCUUUGAACGAAAUGAUUUAUCAGAUACGGACGACGAUUUGGAUAUUGCCACAUUCUCAAAUUCGAUCGUUGCCAAAUCCAAAAUUCUAAAGCGAUUGGCUGUAGUUAAACCGGACAUGGCAACGACGACUGUAUCUUCUGCUCCCAAACGAACCAAGUUGACUCGGAUGUCUGUCAAAACGCGUCGUGUUCAACCCAUUGAUCGAGAUAGUCAGGGCAAUCCAAAACUGCCUCAACAAAUUGGUGUCUUGACGGUAUUAAACUUGGGUACCAUUGUCACUGACAGACCUACUUUUCAUAACGAGCGAUAUAUAUUCCCAGUAGGUUACACCGUAAGCAGGACGUAUCCCAGCAUGAUUGAUCCUCAUAGUAAUACAGUCAUCACAUCAACGAUUGUGGACGGUGGUGACGCGCCACGAUUUCAUGUAGUGGCAGCUGAUAUGCCACAUGAACCGAUUAUUGCCAACUCUGCUACAGGAGCAUGGACUGUGGUGGUUCGCCGAUCCAACGAGAUUCGCCACCGUGAUCAUUCGAAUUCGGCCAGUGGACCUGAUUAUUAUGGGUUUAAACAUCCCACCAUUGCCAACUUGAUUCAAGAUUUACCCGGUGCUAGAGAUUUAAAGCAAUAUGUUUGGCAGACCUUUGAAGAGAUGGAACCACGUGCCGCCAAAGGUGUGAUGGCUGCAGCAGAAAAAAAGAGAGGUAAUCUGGAACAGAUGGGAAGUGCCAAUAAGAAACUACCUGAAGAG